AUGACCAAGCGUCGUCCGCCGCCACAGGCAUCGAACUUUGAGACGACAGCUUAUGAGGAGCCUACUGACCUGGAGCGCUCCGUCGAAUCCCCACACACGAAUACAGAGUACUCUUUGCCCUCUGCUCCUGAUACAGGCCUGGGACUUUCAUCAAAUGGGUACAAGGCAGCUUCGAAACGGAACUCGCUGUUCCAGAAGGAAGUUGGUCAACAUGAGACAACCCGGUUCUCCGCAGUCUUUUUUGAGAAUCAAGACAGUUUCGGCCCUGUGAUUGAUGAUGUUACGAAUUCCUCCUUUCAGGAGCCUAAUCAAGAAUCGGGACAGGAGCUUGAUGCGAGGCGGAGAGAGUACUGGCCGCGUAUGGAGUUGGCUGUUGACACGCUCCUCAACUUCCCUACGGCGCGCACGUGCGAGAAACUUGUGGAGGGGAUUCAUCAUAUCUACGAUGUCUGGGUGUCUCCAAUCAUGAUACAGCAGUGUCUGGAGCAGGUAUGGAGGGAAUACGGCGAUUGUCUGGGCGACCAUCGGACGCGCGAGUCGGUCGCAAUAAUGGCAAAUGAUCUCUUCCUCAACGACAAGAAGCCUCGCGCAAUGCCUGAAACAAACGAUUUCGAACGCGCCGGCUGGAUGAACUGGUUCACUGGGCCUUUGCUGCGGUGGGAAAUGGUUGGUAUCCUCUUCAGCUGGGCCGGAAUGGCAUUUAGACACCGACAGGAUUGGGAUCCGGUUUUUGAUUUACCUGAGCAGCAAGGCCGGGAUCGCAAUAGUGCUGCUGAAAGGAUGAGGGAAUGCGCUAGUGCCUGUGUGAGGCUCUGCGAUGACCAUUCGGAAAUUAGUGAUAUCAUGGUUAUUUGCAUGAAGAACAAUGUCAAAUUGCAGAGUAUUAUCAUCAGCGAUGAGAGCGAUCGAAUACGAGUCGACUAUGGCACCGUACGCAGUGCUUUCAUAACAGCAGGAUUACAUCGUCUACCGCAGCUCAGGAAGGUCACGCCAUACUCUCAAUACCGAGCAUGCAUUGCCUCGUCCAUGUACUACCUCGACAAAUGCGAGAGUUUGUUCAAUGCUCAACCACCGAUGUUAAGUCGUCAUUUCUGUCAGUAUUCGCUCCCGCUGGAUCUGUGCGAGGAGGAUAUCUACGGAGGUCGCGAAAGACUGGAUGCAGCUUUGGCGAGACUAGAUUCGAAUGGCUGGAAUACGGAUGGUCGGAUCUCUUCGACGACAUGGCUUCGGGCAUUGGUUAUGCUGAGUCCCAUCCGAGAGGGAAUAUUGGAGCUUUCAUUAAGAAUCAAUCAGCAAUUCACAAAAAUAGAAGUGGAAGACUUGAUCGUCCAGUUGAGGCGGAUCGUUGCUUCAUAUCCUCCGCAUAUUAGGUAUGAUCGUAACUUGGAAUGGCCCCUCAAGUCAGGUGUGGGCUCGCUCGCACGAAGCGCUCAUCAAGUGUAUAUUAUCAAUCGCAUACAGCUUGAUGUAUUACAAUGUCACUUCCUUCUACAGCGCCUACUUGUCUCGCGAAGAUUCAACGGUGGUCAGGAUUUGUUUGACAUCGCUCAGGAGACAUUGUCUAUCAUUGUAUCGCUUUGGCUUCAUCGUGAUGAGUUACAGGAUCUUACCCACACUUUUGACUGGAUUUCUGUCUCAUAUGGAAUGCCCUGCGCGGGGAUCCUAUGCAUCGAGCUACUCAGAGCGAGUAAUUUAGCACCUCUUACACCAGMAACAGAGUCAUCAACAACCGCCGCCAUACACUCCCCUGUACAUCUCUCCCGGUCUCAGGUCAUCCAGAAUCUGACCAUGUUCAAAGCUCUACUUGACUGGACACGUCCUACAGAUAACAAUGUACAGCUCAGUAGCAAGUUCAGCAAAGUUCUUCAGAGGAUCAUCGAUACUAUAUUUGACUCUCUGGAGCCUUUGUAUGUCGCUCAAUCCCAGCAGAAACUGGAUGAUCAACGGAUUCAGAGACAGUACGAGAUUGACGAUCAGCAGCCGCAGGGACAAAAUCUAUCAUCCGCCACAAUAGGCGUUGAGAGCGAUCUUAAUCUUGAUCCUGCACUGAUUGCUAGCAAUGAUAUGGAUUGGCUGAAUACUAUUGAUUGGACGCAGGGUGGUUGGCUGGAGCAGAGUAACCAGACUUUUCUGCAUUGA